AUCAGUGGCAGUUGACAGUUGAAGCUCUGGUGGCUGAUACUAUAGUCUUGCCUUGGAAGAGCGAGCUAGUGUGCUUUGGCAGCUAGUGUUAUACUUCCAGCGAUUUAUCUUGUUGUUCAGAGCACAAUAAAAUCUGUGAUUUUCCUGAACAUUUUUUUAUUUUAUUUUUUCUAUUUGGUGGAUUUAUUGGACAUCUGGAAAUGAGCCGGAGAACGGAGCUGAGACGGCUCCUGGAGGAUCAGAGGAGGUGGAGCCGUCACGGAGAUCAUGAUGAUUCAACCCAGACCGUAUUUGAGGAGAGACUGCGGUCUGAGCGCCGAGGAGGUGAAAGGAGAGCUCGUCAGGACACCCAGGAACAUCUGCAGAGACCUCAGAGGGAGCAGAGACACCGAAGCCGUUCUCCUCUUCCUGCUCCUGAGAUGGCACCAACAGACGGACCAAGUCCAGAUCCUCUCCCUGGUCCAAGUCAUCUACAGCCAACGUCUCAGCAGCCAGCGGAGAAUAGGCAGAAUCUCUCGGACAUGGUGCACGAGAUCGUCAUGCAGAUGAGGACAGCCGCUGAGGGAGCUGACAAUGAGCAGAAUAUCCCGGCCAUUUUGGAAGAGAUCAUGGAACAGAACAGGCCAGCUGUGGUGGAAGAGAUGCACAGGCAGAAUGUCCAGGCCCUGCAGCUAAGGAUCAGAUUUUUCCAAUCUACCAUCAUUGCUGGGGAUGAAGCGACACAGUCAUGUGCCAUCUGUCUGAUGCAGUACCAAGAUGGGGAGCGAGUGUCUACCCUGCCCUGCAGCCACAAGUACCAUCCAAGCUGCAUCUCACAGUGGUUUGCAACACAUUCCAGCUGUCCCCUGUGCCGCAGAGAGUGCAUCCCAGCGCAGAUUGAGUGUUGGAUCUCCUGAAUACGGUAAGAGGAAGAUCUAAAUUACCACCUUCUCUAGAUUCCAUACCACCUCCUCCACUCUACUUUGGGCCUACUGCCCACACUGCUCACCGGGCCUAGUGCUCGCCUAUUGUGCCAUUCUAUUGGGUCUAAUGCCCCUUUUAUAUUGACCGGCCUAGUGCCUGCCUAAUGAUUCCCAGGCCUAGUGCCUGCUAUGCCCACGGGCCUAGUGCCCGAACCAUGGUGGUCUAGGGUGGGACAGUCUGGAUUUACCCAUCCUAAGGGCUGUGGCUGGACCAAGCUUGGUCCAGACCCGCCCACCACUUGGUAUUGCUCCCACCACCUCCGGCCUUCUUGGAGUCUUCACCUGGGCAGUGGUGUCCAGUAAAAGCUAUUUUACAUCGCACACCACUGUCCCAGGACUUCGACGUUUUCACCACAUCUGCGGCGUUGCGCCGACUUAUCCAUCCUGCGGCCUAGCACCGGAUAAAGCGAUAUCACAGCUUAGUGCCAACUUACAACACCUGUAGCCUAGCGCCGACUUAUCCAAUCUGCGGCCUAGCGCAGGAUCAAGAGAUACUACGGCCUAGUGCCGACUUACCACACCUGCGGUUAAUCGCACAAUGUAAGACUACUGGGCAUUGUGCCCUUGUCUAUACAAACCUUGUCGUCCACAUAGUAGCUUUGGGCUUACCGCCCACUGUGCCCUGGCCAAUUGUUGCUUAUCUGUGGGACUUUGCUGCCAUGGGUCUGUUACACGCCUACCUGAAAUGAUCCAAAUGCUUUGGGCCUAUUGCUCACCUACCUGAGCCUCUUACAAUAGCUUUGGGCCUAAUGAUCACGGGACCCCGACCUAUUGCUGCCGUUAGGGGCUGAAGAUUCUAUCCACGGGCCUAGUGUCCACGUAGUGUGCAGCUCUAUUGGGCCUUCUGCCCACACUGCUCACCGGGCCUAGUACUCGCCUAUUGUGCCAUUCUAUUGGGCCUAAUGCCCCUUUAUGUCACCCGGGCCUAGUGCCCGCGUACUGAAUCCCAGGCCUUGUGCCUACUAUGUCCACGGGCCUAGUGCCCGAACCCUGUUGGUCUUGGGUGGACCGUCUGGAUUUACUCAUCCUAAUGGCUGUGGCUGGAUGAAGCUUGGUCCAGACCCACCCAACGCGUGGUUUUUCGCCGGAGGCGGGAUGUCUCCUACCACCUCCGGGCUUCCUGGAGUCUUCACCUGGGCAGUGGUGGCCAAUAAAAGCUCUUUUCCAUCGCACACUACUGUCCCAGGGCUUCGACGUCUUAUCCACAUCUACGGCUUAGCGUCGACUUAUCCAACCUGCGGCCUAGCGCCGGAUGAAGAGAUAACACAGCUUAGCGUUGACUUACCACAUUUGUAGACUAGCGCCGAUUUAUCCAACCUGCAGUCUAGCGCAGGAUGAAGAGAUACUACGGCCUAGUGCUGAUUUACCACACCUGCGGUUAAUCGCACAAUGUAAGACUACUAGGCCUUGUGCCCUUGAUACCAACCUUGUCAUCCACACAAUAGCUUUGGGCUUACCGCCCACUGUGCCUCAGCCUAUUAUUGUGUAUCUGGGGGACUUUGCUGCCAUGGGCCUGUUGCCCGCCUACUUAAUAUGAUCCACAUGUUUUGGGCCUAUUGCCCACCUACCUGAGCUUGGUGCCUGAUGACCACGGGGCCCAGACCUAUUGCUUCUGUUGAGAGCUAAAUCUUCAAUCCACGGGCCUAGUGCCCGCCUAAUGUGCAAGUCUAUUGGGCUUACUGCCCACACUGCUCCUCGGGCCUAGUGCCCACUUAUUGUGCCAUUCUAUUGGGCCUUAUACCCCUUUAUGUCCACCGGGCCAAGUGCGCACCUAAUGCGACCCAGGCCUAGUGCCUGCUAUGCUCACGGGCCUAGUCUCAAACUCUGGUGGUCUAGGGUGGGAACAUCUGGAUUUAUCCAUCCUAAGCGCUGUGGCUGGACCAAGCUUGGUCCGGACCCGUCCUCCGCGUGGUCUUCGACAGAGGCGGGAUGGUUCCCACCACCUCCGGGCUUCCUGGAGUCUUCACCUCAGCAGUGGUGGCCAGUAAAAGCUAUUUUCUGUCGCACACCGCCGUCCCAGGGCUUCCAACGUCUUCACCGACAAGCGUCGGAUCUUUGGUCUUCACCCGGCUGGCGGCGGUAGGUAACAACUCUUUCCCAACUGCCACCACCCUCCAGGACUUCCGGCGCCUUCCCCUGCGUCUUCUAUCUUCAAUCUUCGGGAGCUCUUCACUGCUCCCUCCCGGCCAACAUACAGCUCACCCGUGCCCGAUGCUGGCUGAUAUAAGCCAGUGUUAGGAGGCGGGGCUAUGAUGUAGCGAGCCAGGAUUGACUCGUCGACGCCACUCGAUGCAGGUACGCCGCCAUUACACACGUGGAGCGGAAGAGGUUAUUCACCAACGCCUCCAUGGCCGCUGCUGAACUCUGCAGCCAGUUGGGCAGGUGGGGACUGGACCAGACACGGCCCAGGUCCCCAGCGCUGCCUGGUUCCACUGCCGGAUCCUUCCCCAUAGGACGGCACCAGGAUCCCUCUUGAUCCCAGCCCGACCCAGGAAAGGAAGAACAGAGCACAUAGUAGCAGGUCCAGUGACUGCGCUAGUACACUGGGCAUUGCUACACAUGUGCAGUACAGGUCCAUGACAUUGGUCAUACUACGGUGUUAGAUUAUCAGUGAUUGACAGUCUGAUUCCGCUUGAGGGUGGGGUGGGGUGGCAACAGCCUGUUUCUCAAAAUGGAUUUGUGUCGCCGCUGUUUUUAGGGAGGGACUAGGCCAGGAUUAUCCGCCUGAGGUUGUAGAUUUCAUGGCUCCUUCAUAGUAGAUGCGGUGGCUGACUUGCGCGACUCCUUGGGUCACUCAGCCGGCCGAUAGUGUUGCAGAAGAUCUGAUACUGCCUCCUAGGAAGCAGCUCGGAUCAGUAAUGCACGCAGGAGGCAUGACGCAUCCUGCUGUAUUACCAUAUUAGCGCUACCACUGCUGCUUUUGUAUAAGCAGCAGAUAUAGUUCCUCCAUCCACAUCUGAAUCAGGCCCACUGCUCCUACUGGCCAGUGGCCAUCUUAUGUGUAGCACUGGGGGAAUCCUUUGCAUACCCCACAGCCGUCCUGCUUUGGAUAGGAUAGUCCCGCUUUUCGGGAACUGUCAGGCUGUCCCAUCCGCAGGGCGCUAUGUCCCGGGGUGAGGGGAGUUAGGGGGAGCACUCUAACCCGUGCUCUGCAUAGCAUACAUGCCAUGUGCAAGGAAUCUACCAGAGCCUGAUUCAGGAGGCGUCUUAUACAAAUAGACAUUGCCUGAUGGCUUCUCUGA